AUUAAGCUGUGAAGCUAUCCAUCAUUGUAAUCAAAGCCCUGUUGCUGAACCUGAUGUAUUUAUAUCUGAUGCAUGCUUCUGUGUUUUAAACUCAUAUCUGAACUGUUACUGAUGCAUGAACUCUGAAUUGCAAGGUUGGUCAGAUAAGAGUGUUGAGACCGCUCACAAGUCUUUAGGCGUCCAAAGAUUUAUUAGCAAAACAAUAGCACCCUCUGGCUCACUAUAAUAACCGCUUUUGUUUGAACUCACGAGUCUUUAAGCUUCAGAAGAUUUAUUAGCAAUACAGCAGUACCCUGUGGCUCGCUAUAAUAACUUCCUUUGUUUGAUAUUUGAACUGUUUCAGAAAUGGAUCCAACCUUCUAAGAAGCUGAUGAGUAACCCAACCACAGUUCUUGUGGACGGCUUCAUAGGGAGAAUAAAUGAAAAAUAUGGAUUCCCCUCUUUUAUUUGUAUCUUACAGUUCAGUACAAUGACAACAUUUUGUAUUUCCAUUGUACCAAACUAUGGAGUAAACUUGACCUGGAGAUGGAUGACUCUUGCUAAAUUUUGUAGUAUUGGAUUUUAGCAGCUCUAGCAGGUCUGUUUAGCUUUAUUCUUUGAGGGUUAAUUUCACUGCGAUUUUCUCGCCUUAUGGUUUUUGUUCUUUCAAAAUUCAUGUUGUGUUUCUACCAAAGUUUUAAAUAGCUGGCUACUGCAAAUAGCGGCAGAUUUUUUAGCAGCUAUACGAGGCUAUAGCCCAGCUAUAGCCGGCUAUACGAGCCUUACCUGACAUUGUAGGGAGCAGCAGCAGACUGGAGAGUGGAGAGUGGAGCAGCAGCCAGGGGUAGCACCGUAGCAGCAACAGUCAGGGGAGGCAGGGCUUGAUCCAGUCCAACAGCAAGAUGAGCUUCACGCUGUCACUUGGGCAGCUGCCGAUGAUGACCGUCAUGGACUGCGGGAAGAGGGCGCUGGAACUUGUGAGCUCGGAGAAGCUCUGUAGGUUUGUCAGGGCGGAGAAGAUGGUUCUGAAGACAGAGCUCUGCCGUUUCAGCGGUAUAAAGAUAUACCCGGGAAGGGGCAUCAGAUUUGUCCGUUCAGACUCUCAGGUCUUCCUUUUCUUCAACUCCAAGUGCAAGCGCUACUUCCACAACCGUCUCAAGCCUGGUAAGCUUUCUUGGACUACCUUGUUCAGGAAGCAGCACAAGAAGGUGCAUGCACUUAUACCUAUUCUCUUUAAUGAUAUCUAUAUGCUAGUUCAGCUUAUUUCUCUCACAAUCUUGAUACUUUGUCCUACUAGCGUGCUCUACCUACUUUUUGUGAGUGUAAGUGACGCUGUCAACUGGUAGUUAUUCAUCCUGCUUUAUUAUUUUUCCUGAUAAAUUGCAUCACUUGCAUGUACGGAAAAUUAUUUGUUAUUACUCUUUCUCUAUUUGUGAUGAACCAGAUCCUGGACAAGGGAUGUUAAGCACGAUUGGGUUAGGGAACAGGGCAUCCAUUUCUGGAACCUUUGCAGUGUCCUGCUCAUCCUGGGCCUCUCUUCGAGCAGUUCCUC